AUGAAAGAUAAGGCGACAGUCAUUGAUGAGUUUAAUGGGCUUGUUAACAUGUCAUCGGCCGAAUUAUCGGAAUGGUUGAAAGAAGAUGCUUCCAUCUCCUCUGGAUGGACUAAAGAUGGUACUGGGGAAACAGUUGGGCAUCAGAGUGGCCGUCAUAUAGUUGAUAUCCUCGAAAACAAUCCUGACAUGGUCUUGGAGAAAUACAGAGAUGAGGACAUAGACCACAUGCGCAAAGUCGUAUCUUAUUGUAAGCGGCAUCUAGCUCAAGAGGAACAGGCAAAGAAGAAUACGAACAGUAAGAGUUAUAAGUCGCUGAAGAAUUGGGGACACGAUGCAUUGAAGGAAUGA